AAUAAGAGGAGUUAUCUAUUGUAGGGAAAUUAGACCAGUCAUUAAGCAGCUUCAGGGGUGCUCAGAAACAUGUUAAAAUGAUACAGUCCAAAGCAAAAACACAACAAAUUGGCUAUUGGCUCUACAGAAGGGCAAUAAGAGUUGUGAUCUUCUUAGGUCAAAUGUGUCUGAAUCAGGUCAAUCCUUGACGAAAGGAGUGAACUCUCUUGUACCAAAUGUGUUUGAACCAGGUUAAUCCUUGAGGAAAGGAGCGAAAUCUCUUUUUAGACGGCCACGUGUGUCUCAAACUGGUCAAUCUUUGAGGAAAGGAGUUAAACCUCUUGUGAGAAAGACAAAUGUUCCUGAAAAAGGUCAAACAUCGAGGAAGGAGUGAUUUUUGACCUCAACCAAGGAAUUUCUCAAACACCACCGAUGUGGCAAGAGAUUCAGAGCUCUUCAGAUCUGCUUCAACGGGGAAAUCUUCAAAUUCAAAAGCCAAUGGAAACGGCCAGGAAUCAGUAUGCGAGGAGUCAUCCCCAGACCCAAAGUAAUUUGACGAUUGAAAGAAAUAGAAAUGGAGGACUUAGAUGGUUACAUCCUGGAUCAACUAGCUUCUAUCCAGUUCAUGCAAAUGUAAAUGCUGAUGUUGGAGCACUCAGAGGAAACGUUCUCCACUUAUCUGAUGUUAAAGCGAACAGUACUGAGAUGGCGCAUGUUCAGGAGAUGCAGUUCAAACUAUUCGGCGCUUCAACACAAAUUCAGCAGAGGCCAUCAAACGCAGUGCAAGUUUCUGCUCCUGUCCCCGCCAAAUGGGGGUUGCAGCAUGGCGAAGGACCAAAACCUGUAUGGUUUCCUACUGGACAGAACAUAUCAUUUGGACAUGAUAAUCCCAAAACGGUUCUCGAACAACCUUCUGGCUCAGUUCAGAAGGGUCGGACCAUUAGUGAUAUAAAGACUAAGGAAUCGCAUUGUUCAAACAAGACCGGAAACCCAGGUGUGGGGCCUUCAAACUUCAAACAGAGACCUUUCUCUCCCUGCAUCAACCACCCUCCGAUUCAAAGUAUCCUCUUCAAUGGAUCGUUUUUGUCAUAUAAUAAAUCCUCUAGUGUUCAUAUGGGUGGUUAUGCUGCAGGUCAGAGCUCCCAACAGCCUAUUCCUUACUUUAAUGCUCAAGAAUCUCUUCAACCUCAAGUACAAGAGGAAAAAAGGAAGUGUCGUGCACCUGCACGACUCGGCGGAACAAACUUGUCGCAGUCAAGAGGCCUCCUGCGCACCAUUAGAGUUCCUGAGUCAAGAGGAAUUUUCGGUGCAUCAAGUUCUAAAGUUGUUCCGCUACAGGAUGAUAAUGCUUACAAAUCAUUGAACGCAGAGGGCUGUAGUACUCGUGUAGCUGUACUGCCUGUUAGCAGAAUUCCUGAAAAGGCAGAAAAGGAUCCUCCUUGCCUUUUCAAUCAAAAUCCUGCUGACAUUGCCCAUGCCGAUGAUGAAACGUACAUGAGAACUGUUACGGAUCAACGAGUUCGUGACAAGAGUGAGUUGAAAGAGAAAACUGGACAUGCACAUUUGGAUGGGCGGAAGCGGCAAAGGAGAAAAGAAAGACCAGGGAGAAUGCCGCUAGGAUGCCGUGCAUCCUAAAUGCUAUCUUUGUCUUAUGUUGUAUUUAUUAUUGUGAAAACCAAUGUUGUAAUAAUUUUCUUGAUAUGUUUUGAACAUUUUGAGCAGAAAGUUUAUGAAACAAAUUAGCUUUGACCUUCAUUUUUUAUUUUCUUGUA